AUGAUAUGCAACAACAACGGAGAUUGCAGAAGGGACCCCAACAUUUCAGGGAGCCUGUCUUCCAUCGUCUCUAGGCAGGAGAAACAGACAGGUGGAAUAGUUGCAGCGGACAACGGGAAAAGGCCAACUAGAUGUAAUUCCAGAGUCGCCAGCAUGGACGGUUCGAUCACCUCAGCCGGGUCCUUAGCACAGCGGCAAGGGGCCGAGGUGGCCGGGGCCACAACUACUGGCACUGAGAAAAAGGACUCCAGAGUUUCCUUCUCAAAUGCCCCUAGUAGGAAAGCAUCGUCCUCUGUGCAGAACCAACAGCACAGGAAUUCUCUCUCAUUUUUUAAAUCUGAGGAUGGACCCCAGAUUGUGCCAGAUGAUGGGGAACCACAGGACAAUCGGACUUAUAUGCAGCGCCAAUUUAGUUCCAUACUUCAGCCUGGAGUUAAUAAAUUUUCCCUGCGUAUGUUUGGGAGCCAAAAAGCGGUGGAAAAGGAACAAGCGCGCGUCCAAUCGGCCGGUAAUUGGAUUAUUCAUCCAUACAGCGAUUUCAGGUAUGGGUUAAAUCAAGUGGCACUCUUUGAGGUGGGCGCAAAUUGGUCAUGUGAGCUAUGGGCUGAACAAUAACAAUAAUUUAACCAAUACAUAACUUGAAUAUAAAUUAUAACAACCAAUUUGAUAUUAAGCAUUGGAAGUAGUUUAUAAAAUGUUAAAUUAUAAGAUUUGUUGACAUCCAUUUUGACGUUUUCUGUCAGUGCGGUCUGCUGCUUUUCAUGAGUAAUGCAUUGCCACUAAACGCAAAAUGUCAAAUUAGGCAACAUAUAUUGGGAGAACAACACAUAAUCUAAAAGCUGAAAAUGUAUUUUGCACAUUCUCUUCAUCAUUGCGCAGUUUUGAUAGAUUGGGGUCAAAAUACUUAUUCCAUGGAAAAUAUUUGACUUAGGGAUGAGUGUUGCGUUGGUGAAACCUCAGUAGUUUAAAAGGAAAGGCCUAUUUAUGUCUCGCGAUUUACAUUGAGGCCUCGUGCGUAAAACAGCUUUCCAAAAAGGCCUUGUUGGUGGUGAAGUUACUUGGCAAACAUAUACCACAUGAAAUAAAUCUAAAACACCCACGCAGUUGAUAAAAUGUGUCGCAUGUUAUCACCUUUAUGCAAUGCUUUAUGCGCUUUUUAUUAAUCACUUAAUGGUAGCCUAUUAUAACGCGUUUUUCUCAGAUUCCCUUAUAAAAUAUUAUGAUUACAAGCAGGUAUGGGCAAUUUUGAUGGGGGUGGGGGCCACAAAAAAUCUGAACUCAUCAUGAGAAAUGUUUGCAGUUUUUAAUAUGAUAUCUGAGUGAGACUAACAAAAUCAAUGGGGGCCCCGCCAUUAAUUCGAUGAUGAUAACAAGUUUAGAUAGCUGGCGGCUAAACUAACUUACAAAACAUUUUUUAGUUGACAUGGGCUAAUUGACUGACUGUAAAACUGCUGAUGCACAGCCACAUUUCGAAAUUGCACCUUGUGUAGUCUACUAUUCUAACUCGCAACAGUAAAUUGAGACCCUGACUGAGUUCCUAAAAACAAUAUAUAUAUAUAUAUAUAUAUAUAUAUUUUUUUUUGGGGGGGGGGUUAUUGAUCCGAGGGCCUUCAAAGGGGGGCCUGUGGGCCGCCAGUUGCCCAUCCCUGGAUUACAGCAUCAUACACAGACAUCUGAUAUUGUCUUGUCACAUAACUUGGUCAUACAUGCUUCAUAUUUAUUUUGUCAUUGCAUAUUCAUAAAAUAUGAAUGUUACAUGAACGGAACCAUGCAUGCAUGACUCUUGACAGGAUGUUAUUGCAUGCAAAUAUAUUAAUAUUAGAUGUCAUAUUGAAAAUACUAAACGCACCAAUCUAGUUUGAUCUUUUGGAUUUCGUUACGGGUAGGUGUCAGUGUUAAUUUAAUUCUCUAUAAUUAAAAUCGGAACAAUUUGUUUCAUGAAUGCAUAAUCAGCUUGAGCUAUCUCACUGCACCUGCUUUGUCCCUAUCCUUCACGAUUCUCCUCCCAUUUUCACAGAUCGCUCUACAAUAGAUUCCCAUAAAUGUUUAGGCUUUCCCCCGAAAUCAGACGCUUCGGUUUAAGACGGACUCUCCCUGGUAUGGUGACAGCUAUUUUAAGCCAACUGAUAAUCAAUGCCAUUAUGCGCACGUGUAAUUAUAAGAGGCUCCACGAUUUUUUAUUAAGUCAAUUGCAGGUCUUGAUGUCAAGAAAGAGUUAAGGCGUCAUCUCUUCUAAGGUUAAGGUUGGAGUGGUUUUUAAGGUGAGUGAUGAAUUGUGCUAUUAAGCAGCACCACAUGCCCUUGCUCCCUCUUUCCUAAACAUGACCUUAUCUUUUAGAGAAAUACACAGGGACUUACACUGACCCCUUACUCAGUAACACAAAUGUAAAGUAGUACUGUUAUGUAUGUUUGUUAGGUAGCCGUCAGUUUUCAGCUUAGAUUCACAUAGGGUGAGAUAAACGACAUGACCAAAAGUAUAUGGACACCUGUUCAUCGAACAUCUCAUUCCAAAAUCAUGGGCAUUAAUAUGGAGUUGGUUCCCCCUUUGCUGCUUUAACAGCCUCCACUCUUCUGGGAAGGCUUUCCACUAGAUGUUGGAAUAUUGCUGCAGGGACUAGCUUCCAUUCAGCCACAAGCAUUAGUGAGAUCGGGCACUGAUGUUAGGCGAUUAGGCCUGGCUCGCAAUCGGCGUUCCAAUUCAUCCCAAAGGUGUUCGAUGGGGUUGAGGUCAGGGCUCUGUGCAGGCCAGUCAAGUUCUUCCACACCGAUCUUGACAAACCAUUUCUUGUAUGGACCUCACUUUGGGCACGGGGGUAUUGUCAUGCUCAAACAGGAAAGGGCCUUCCCCAAACUGUUGCCACAAAGUUGGAAGUACAGAAUCGUCUAGAAUGUUAUAGCAUUAAGAUUUCCCUUCACUGGAACUAAGGGGCCUAGCCCGAACCAUGAAAAACAGCCCCAGACCAUUAUUCCUCCUUCACCAAACUUUACAGUUGGCACUAUGCAUUGGGGGCAGGUAGCGUUCUCCUGGCAUCCGCCAAACCCAGAUGGUGAAGUGUGAUUCAUCACUCCAGAGAACGUGUUUCCACUGCUCCAGAGUCCAAUGGCGGCGAGCUUUACACCACUCCAGUCGACGCUUGGCAUUGCGCAUGGUGAUCUUAGGCUUGUGUGUGGCUGCUCGGUCAUGGAAACCCAUUUCAUGAAGUUCCCGACAAACAGAGGCAGUUUGGAACUCGGUAGUGAGCGUUGCAACCGAGGACAGACGUUUUUUACGCGCUACGUUCUUCAACACUCGGCAGUCCCGUUCUGUGAGCUUGUGUGGCCUACCACUUUGCGGCUGAGCCGUUGUUGCUCCUAGACGUUUCCACUUCACAAUAACAGCACAUACAGUUGACCGGGGCAGCUCUAGCAGGGCAGAAACUUAACUGACUUGUUGGAAAGGUGGCAUCCUAUGACGGUGCCACAUUGCCAUGGGGCGGCGCACCAUUGGCCCAGCGUCGUCCAGGGUAGGGGAGGGAAUGGCUGGCAGGGAUGUAGCUCAGCUAGUAGAGCAUGGUGUUUGCAAUGCCAGGGUUGUGGGUUUGAUUCCCACGGGGGGCCAGUAUGAAAAUAAAUAAAAAAUAAUGUAUGCACUCACUAACUGUAAGUCGCUCUGGAUAAGAGCGUCUGCUAAAUGACUAAAAUGUAAUUGAAAGUCACUGAGCUCUUCAGUAAGGCCAUUCUACUGCCAAUGUAUGUCUAUGGAGAUUGCAUGGUUUUGUGUUUGAUUUUAUACACCUGUCAUCAACGGGUGUGGCUGAAAUAGCAGAAUCCACUAAUUUGAAGAGGUGUCCAUAUAGUUUAUUUAGGAUGCAUUCUGAUGAGGUCAUUGGUGAGAAAAUGUGGAGAAAAAAGGGUUUUACUCUAAUAUUGCAGGCAGCAUUGAUUAAACUGCUAUGAAACUGACAGAUCUGGGGUGAGUUUGCCUUUUUUUGUAAGCUUGACUUAAGCUGAGACACUUUCCUAAUAGGGCACAACUUUAUAGCCAAAGGUGCUUUCGCAGAACUGUAAUUGCGACUGCGAAUAUCGGGUUCAGCACAAUGGACAGCUCCCAUGUCAUGACCUUCAGAAAGUCUUUAUUGCAAAUUUGAUAGUUGUGCUUUUAUACGGUAGGCUACACACAUUUGACAGUAGUCUAUAGCCAUAUGUUUGAGUUUGAUUGUGGCCUGUUUAUGACGUUAUUCAUUUGCCAUUGACAGUUAAAACUGUCAACAUGACAGCAUACUGUCACAUAAUGUGCGUUUAGACCGAGAGCGAUUUUGUAAAGUAGGCCGACUUCAUAACCGAUAACUUCUCUGAUACAGUAUGUUUGAGCAAUUUGCAAACUUCACGGGCAACAUUUAGUGCAUUUUUGUUAUGUAGCCUACUGUAGCAACUUCUCCUUAGAAGGAUGAUCUCAUCGCUCACACAGUCGAGUCAUCGAUGUUCGUUUCCGAUCGGGCAGGAUCAGUCAGUCAAGUCAUGACUCAGCGUCACGCCUAUCAGUUACUCUCUUCCCAAGCAUUGAAUCCCUUUACCUUGGGUUGAUUAGACAGCAGUAUUGAUAGCCACUGAUAUUACACUAGGUGCAACAUUCAAUAUGUAUUUUCAGAUGAGCUCUUCAAUAUUAAUCCAUCUCUUACAUCACACGUUAUUGUCAAAUGUAAUAUUCCAUAUGCAAAAUUGUGACUAUCUUGCAUAACCUAGCUGUCACAAUAAUUCAAAUAUACUGAUAGGCCUACUAUUCAGGUUUCACUUCUGCCACCCGUUGUCCUUGUAGCAAGGAUAUAGAAUCAAUUCACCAUCCAGCUAUACCCUCAUAUUACCCCCUCCUCCAUAUCGCCUCCCCUCCUGUCCUUGACAUGACCUUGUCAUGCAUGAGCAGGAGGAUGGACUUGAUUUUUGACAAGAUGCGGUGAUAUGACUAUUGAUUAUUAACUGUUUCACGGUAGGCCAUGCCACCAGCCGUGUGUGUGUGUGUGUGUGUGUGUGUGUGUGUGUGUGUGUGUGUGUGUGUGUGCGCGUGUGCGCGUGUGUGUUAUUGUCAGUGUGCCACUGUCUGACAGAGGGUGUUGUAAGAUGUGGACAGUAGAGAGCAGGCUACAGUAAGUAGAGAGGGUACUUGUCAGAUGGAUAAAGCAACAUUAGUGACUUUUAGUGAUAAGGGGAAAAAUCCAUAAAGUUACAUAUCGUGAUAUUAUUGUUGGAUGAUUCUAUAUUGAUAUUUGUCUCCAAGUUUUUUUUUUUUGCUACUGUAGGUAGCGUCAGCUAGCGCUAGUUGGCGGUACCUGCACCCACACACCAGUAUUUUCCCUUCAUAGCUUAUUCUCCAUCUUUUUAAAUAGGGAGCCAAUUCAUUUUCAGCACUUUUAUUUCCCUGACUGAUCAAAACUCAUUUUCUCAUGCUCUCUCUUGUCUCUGUGCAGCAGACAUAUAGUGAGAAUUUGUUUGGAACAUCAAAUUGCAGUAUCGAAUCGCAUUACAUAUAGAAUCGUGAUUAGUGAGAAUGGUGGGAAUCGUGAGAAUUGCAAUACAUACAGUAUCUUAUCGUCUCGUAAGUAUAGUGAUAAUGAAUUGCAACUUUCCUGGCCAUUCCAAACUACUUGCAUGUGAUAUGCACAGCAAAUAGCAAGGGAGAACAUUUGCUCAUAAUGAAAACAGUGAUACUACAGUUUCUACUUGAACUAGUACUCAUCAUGAUAUACCCUAGUUACAAUAAGUAAUAGCCCCUGUCAAUUGGUCAACUUUUUGAAUGCAUGAUUGUCUUGCCAAUUCAUUCCACAUCAUCACUCCUACAAUAGAAGCCAACAGAUGAUUCUGAUAUAUGAAUUAAAUAGUCCCGUGUAGCUCAGUUGGUAGAGCAUGGCGCUUGCAACGCCAGGGUUGUGGGUUCGAUUCCCACGGGGGACCAGUAUGAAAAAUGUAUCCACUCGCUAACUGUAAGUCGCUCUGGAUAAGAGCGUCUGCGAAAUGACUAAAAUGUAAAUAUAUUUGUAUGAUUUGUGAUAACCAGUUUAGAGUGGGAAGGUGGAUAUUCGGUAUAAUCUUACGUUUCCCUGAUUGUUUUAAACAUUAUUUAACAGUUAAUGAAGAAUGCCAUUGUGGAAGUCAAUGGCAUUGUCCAAAGCACCUCAUCAACUGUUUAUACCUGAACCACACAUGUAGUUUAGGAAAGUUCAAUCAGGAAGGCUGGUCUGAAUGCUCGCUUAACUUCAUCCAGUAAGCAUAUCAUAAUUCACUUUGUUUCCUAUUCUACGGGCACAGUGGGAAUGAAUACAAACGUAUCAUCAGCAUAGCAUCUUGUUUCUUCUCUUCUUUCCUGUUAGCUAUGUGUGGAAUGUCACCUUUUUACCUUAUAGCCUAUAAGCACGGCACAAUAAUGCUCCUUCCUCACGCUGGCUGUUUAACCUAUGGGCUCACUCUGGCAAUUAUCACCAUCCUCACUCUCAACCAAUAGGCGUAAAUCUUGGGAUCUGUUUAUAUGUCAAUUUACCCUCGUUCUCUCACUUGCUGUUUUUGAGCAACCGUUUUCGACAACCAUCCACCUCCCCACUACCACCAGCUAUAAUAACCUUAAGGCCCGUCAUUGGAACUCCUUGGGGGUGGUCCCGCAUAGGGGCUACCUGUCAUCACAUCAUCUGGCUCCAAGGAUUUUCCCUCGGAGUCAAGGCCAUUCCCCAAACGAUUUAAUAAAAUGUCAUAAUGCAUUCCAUCUUUGUUGCUAAUUUAGUUAAGCCUCUACUCGAUUGAACAGCAGUUGAAGUUCAGGUGUCCUGAGUUCUUCCACUCUAACUGUCUCUCAGUCCCCUAACCACCUUCUCCUGCCCUCUAGGUUCUACUGGGACUUCACCAUGCUGAUGUUCAUGGUGGGCAACCUCAUCAUCAUCCCCGUGGGGAUCACCUUCUUCAAGGACGAGACCACCGCGCCCUGGAUCAUCUUCAACGUGGUCUCUGACACCUUCUUCCUCAUGGACCUGGUCCUCAACUUCCGCACAGGCAUCGUGUUUGAGGACAACACCGAGAUCAUCCUGGACCCCAAGAAGAUCAAGAGGACGUACCUAAAGACCUGGUUCAUGGUGGACUUUGUCUCCUCCAUCCCUGUGGAUUAUAUCUUCUUGAUCGUUGAGAAGGGGAUCGACUCCGAGUUGUAUAAGACGGCCAGAGCCCUGAGGAUCCUACGCUUUACCAAGAUCCUCAGUCUGCUGAGGCUGCUCAGGCUGUCCAGGCUCAUCCGUUACAUCCACCAAUGGGAAGAGGUAAGCUGGGCUCUAGAACUUACUUUGACCUAACCUAACAUAGCAGGCGUAAAAUAAACGCCUGAAACUAGAUCUCCUACAUACUGGUCUUGAGGAGAAGAAGAAAAAAAAACUGUCUGGGGAGGUUCUCUUCUGCACUGUUCAACUAAUCCAGUAAAUGUGGAGGAGGAGUUAAGAUGGAGUGUCGCUUUGUUAACGUCCAAAAGCGGAUGUCGUGUCACAGGCUCUCUUUCCAUUUCCCCUUAAAACCGGAGUAUCCGGUUGUUGAGGACUCGGCAGAGUCUAACUUUGACCAAUGGCAGGAGGAGAUGGGAUUGGCAAUGUGUUUCUAGAAUUUACAAUGAGAGGCUGCACACUAUGGGUGAAGUACUUGCAUCGACCAAUGGAAAGAGGGGGUAGGAUGGACAAGGCAUAGGCCGCAAUCCCCCUAUAAUACAAUGUUAAGGCAGGAGUAGAAAGACUAAGCUCUUUUAGUUUGUAAAAUCAGGACAAGUACAGAAGGGAGUCAGAUUUGAACAUCAUCAGCCCAACCUAUUUCAGGGUAGUGUUCUUCCAAUAAUAGGCUAGUCUCACACUAUCACAGGCCUUCAACACUGUUGCCUCUCUGUAUCUGUACUGAUAUACAUCAGCAGGAUGCUGAGAUUCACAGCUUUGCUUUCUCAGUGACUGUGUUGGCCUCAUCAUCGCAGCAUUUGGCUGUGGAGUGCAGCCAGUCACAGUGGUCCGUUUUACCCUGAUGUGACUGGAUGUGUAAAGCUGUGCUGGCUAUACAUACAUAUAUGCCCCUUCUGUGCCCGCUAAGAUAUUCCAGAAGAGGCCCUGAGCUGACCCAAGUCUGAUGACUCAGUUGUAUGUGUUCUGUACUCUAGUUAAUGGGACAAUUAUUUUCUUGAUUACAGAGUGGUAAUUUCAGCCAGACACAACCCCUAAUUAUUGAAUCAACCCCUUACUUAACCGAGUGCCUCUCACCCACUGCUCAGCUCUGCUCUGCACAGGGCAGAUGCUCACCUCACCUUUUUCAUGAGCUGGGCUGGCUAGGCAGACAGGCAACAGUACAUUAGGUACUUUAGGAUUGUGUUGUGGGUUCAGGAGGACUUUCACUUAGCAUGCUGUCAUUUCGGAUUCCCAUCUAGAGCAUUAUGAUUUCAUCAGAAUCCUUAAACUAUUACAUUGAUUUAAUUGGAAAUGAAUUAGCGUUACAUUUUUAAAAUUUCAUUUAUACAAUAUUUCCAUAUUAAUGGCUGCAGAACUGUUGUGUAAUGUGUUAGUGGAUUGGGUAAUGCUUUCUCCUGUGUUUUUUUAUUUGGGUAAUGGGCUACAGGCCAUAAGGUUCUUGUCACGUCUAAGCUACAGUGAGGGAAAAAAGUAUUUGAUCCCCUGCUGAUUUUGUACGUUUGCCCACUGACAAAGAAAUGAUCAGUCUAUAAUUUUAAUGGUAGGUUUAUUUGAACAGUGAGAGACAGAAUAACAACAACAAAAAUCCAGAAAAAUGCAUGUCAAAAAUUUUAUAAAUUGAUUUGCAUUUUAAUGAGGGAAAUAAGUAUUUGACCCCCUCUCAAUCAGAAAGAUUUCUGGCUCCCAGGUGUCUUUUAUACAGGUAACGAGCUGAGAUUAGGAGCACACUCUUAAAGGGAGUGCUCCUAAUCUCAGCUUGUUACCUGUAUAAAAGACACCUGUCCACAGAAGCAAUCAAUCAAUCAGAUUCCAAACUCUCCACCAUGGCCAAGACCAAAGAGCUCUCCAAGGAUGUCAGGGACAAGAUUGUAGACCUACACAAGGCUGGAAUGGGCUACAAGACCAUCACCAAUCAGCUUGGUGAGAAGGUGACAACAGUUGGCGCGAUUAUUCGCAAAUGGAAGAAACACAAAAUAACUGUCAAUCUCCCUCAGCUUGGGGCUCCAUGCAAGAUCUCACCUCGUGGAGUUGCAAUGAUCAUGAGAACGGUGAGGAAUCAGCCCAGAACUACACGGGAGGAUCUUGUCAAUGAUCUCAAGGCAGCUGGGACCAUAGUCACCAAGAAAACAAUUGGUAACACAUUACGCCGUGAAGUACUGAAAUCCUGCAGCACCCGCAAGGUCCCCCUGCUCAAGAAAGCACAUAUACAUGCCCAUCUGAAGUUUGCCAAUCAACAUCUGAAUGAUUCAGAGGAGAACUGGGUGAAAGUGUUGUUGUCAGAUGAGAUCAAAAUGGACCAACAAAGGAGUGGCUCUAGAAGAAGCACAUUAAGGUCCUGGAGUGGCCUAGCCAGUCUCCAGACCUUAAUCCCAUAGAACAUCUGUGGAGGGAGCUGAAGGUUCGAGUUGCCAAACGUCAGCCUCGAAACCUUAAUGACUUGGAGAAGAUCUGCAAAGAGGAGUGGGACAAAAUCCCUCCUGAGAUGUGUGCAAACCUGGUGGCCAACUACAAGAAACGUCUGACCCAACAAGGGUUUUGCCACCAAGUACUAAAUCAUGUUUUGCAGAGGGGUCAAAUACUUAUUUCCCUCAUUAAAAUGCAAAUCAAUUGAUAACAUUUUUGACAUGCAUUUUUCUGGAUUUUUUUGUUGUUAUUCUGUCUCUCACUGUUCAAAUAAACCUACUAUUAAAAUUAUAGACUGAUAAUUUCUUUGUCAGUGGGCAAACGUACAAAAUCAGCAGGGGAUCAAAUACUUUUUUUCCCUCACUGUAUGUGCCUUGGCCCAUCCAGCCAACUGACAGUGCCACAUGUUACAUGUCAUAGUUCUGCUAUUUAGCUGAAGACUUCGUUUUAGCCCACGAUUGGAUCCUAAUCAAAAUGCAAGGCCUCCAAGUGUUUUCCCCUCCUCCUCCUCCUCCUCCUCCUGUUGCUUGCGGGCAGUGAGUCUGAUAGCAGAAGCAUGGAGGGGGAGUUGGGAGAUGGCGAGCGACUGCCUGCGAGGGCAAAGCAAUACGCUAAACGCACCAAUCUGAGCCCUCUGACCUUAAUGGUGUACGACAAGCCACCUCAUUUAUUUAGGUGUGUGUGUGGGCUGCAGGUAAAUUGAUUCAGAAACAGCUGUGCAAGCCCCGUGAAAAGAACCCACAUAGCACCCAAACUCAGUAAUACAGGGAUUUUGUUUUUAAUUGUAGGGCUUUUGAGACAAAGCUAGAAAGAGGUCAUGCAGAAGGAUGCUUGUUUGGCCUUUUUCACCACAGAUAUUCCAAUACAGUCACUUUUACAAACAACGAAAGGAGGCACUCCGACCUUGUGUUGUCUUUCAGAGCUGCUUUUCAUUUUGCAUUCGGUUAAGCUUUAAACCCCAUGGGCUUGUGUGAGGUCUUGUGAGGUGCCUGAAUCACCUGGCUCACACUCCGAUGGAGCUCUAAUCUUUACAUUCCACGCUUAUCUCUCUUGAUCAUGUUCAUCUCAUCAAAGUACUAGUGCCUGAUGAGUGCAGGAAAUUAGUGCCGUCAUCACUGAAGUCAUUUGAUGUGCUUCAUUUCUCAAGGCAAACUAAUGAAAGUGUAACUGCUGUGUGUACAGAAAAGCAACUGUGCAUCAUUGGUACCGGUAAACUUACUUACUGAAUUACAAUAACUAAUCCAAUCAUGAAUCCAAAUCCUGUCUAAAUCCUGUUGUAACCAGAUAAUGCAAAUAAUGGAGUCUGUUUCUAUCUUUUUUUUUUAUCAUGUGUUCAUUGGCUAUGUUAACAUAGGCUUAAUCCAUGUGAAAUGGUGAAUGAAUGAGGUGUGUAACACACCACUGACUGUCCUCUCUCUCUGACCCUCUCGUGACAGAUCUUCCAUAUGACCUAUGACCUGGCUAGUGCAGUGAUGCGUAUCUUCAACCUGAUUGGUAUGAUGCUGCUGCUGUGUCACUGGGAUGGCUGUUUGCAGUUCCUGGUUCCAAUGCUGCAGGACUUCCCCCAGGACUGCUGGGUCUCCCUCAACAAGAUGGUG